UUUUUUUUUUUUGUAGGAAUAAUUAGGAGGAUUUGUUAUUGAUCUCGUUUAUUAUUUUCGAUCCGUCCACAUUUCAAUUCAAGCCGAUAAGAUCAUUGUUUGUGAUGAAGUGAGUCUAAAUGAGCUCAUUUAUCUAUAUUCGAAUCGAUGGAUAAUGAUGAAAUUAACGCUUUAUUUAAUAAAAUUGAUAAUUUGAAACGUCAUCCAUUGUACAAGUACAUGAAAAUCCAAGAUCAACUACCAAUAACAGAUAUUGGAAAAAAUUCUUGUUGGGAUCUUAUAUUCAAAAAACAAAAUAAAGAUAUAUUAAAGUUAACUGAUUUACAACAUCAUCAAACAUCAAUGAAGGCUUCAGAGAUGAAAGGCGCCGAUAGUCAAACAGUAAUUCGAAUGAAUGCAACAUCGAAUGUGUUGACAAAUCAAACUAGCAGCCAGACAACAGAAAUGAAUUCAGAAUUACGAAUCAUCAUAAUCGAUGAAAAUUGGAGCCAGUAUUGUUACCGUAUCAAGAUCAAUACACCAUUCGGUAAAUUGAUCAAUCGAUUCUGUCAACAAGUUCGAAAAGCAGAUAAUAAAUCGGUUUUAUUCUGGUAUCAUGGUCGAUGUGUCGAGGAUGAUGAUACACCUAGAACAUUGAACAUUAAAGAUAAUGAAGUGAUUCUCGCUCACUACAUCAAAUAGGCAUUAAUCAUUCGGCAAGGAUCUCUGUGUCAUCUUACAUUUGGACUAUGGAUUCCUUCAUGCAAUAGUUGUUGGAUUUAAAUUAGGUAUCAAUUAGCUAUUUUUUAUUUCAUAAUUCAUCUUUAUCAUUAUCACGGACGACACACGGUUCAUAUGCCCAAUAUGUUGUUGCCAUGUAUUGUAUCUCAAACAAUCAUUAAAUGAAUAUGUAUGAUAUACGAAAAGAAACAUAAACACACCACAUACCUAUAGCCUAUCUCCCAAAUUUAGUGAUUGAAUAUGCUUAAUAUACAUAUAAUAAUAAACAUAAACAUAAACUGUUGAUCAAUGAAUGAUCGAUCAGAGAUUCAGGCCAACGGUUCCAUAGGUUGAUUGCAAUUUUUGUAUUCUCAA